GGUGGAUGGAUGACUGGAGUUUCCCUUGCGGUCUAAAGAUUAAUGGAAAGGCUCUGUUGAUUUGGGGAACUGUCCCUUAGACGGUCGGCUCCGCAUUCGGCCUGGCUGGAUUCGAAGCGUGCGUGGAUGAGAAAGAAAAGAGUGGACGGAACGAGGAAUUAACCUGGAUACCGUAUUUGUUUCUGCACAGAAAAAAAAGAAGAAAGGGCCUGCCCACACACACAGUGGCUGGUUUGACAAGGCCAGUGUGCGACUACUGGGGACGCUAACAGGCUAACAGCUAGUCAAAAACUGGGGGAGCGAAAAGCGCCUGCCGACUAUUCUUUGUAUGACCCUGGACUACCUUUGGAUACGUUACUUCAACUGAAUAGCUUCAAAACCUCCAAUCGAGUGCUGUUUUGAAAAUUUAAUAUUUGACAAGCAACCCGAGCUAACACCCACUUAGCCGUGCCUGCUAGCGUGCUAACCUUAGCCAACUGUAGCACAAGGCUCGGUUUUAAAAGUUGUCCGUGAAAACAGUGGUCGUCAGAAAGACGGGGAAUAUUUCACGAGCCGUUUGUCGAGAAUGAUAACGGUCAGGUAGUGGGCAACCGGACAGCUUCAUCGAGCACUGUUACUCGGCGUGAUCGUCAAGCCAACCCAAGUCGCUACAGAACCUCCAGGAGUCCGCUUGACAGGCUGCCAUCAUGGGCAACACGCCCACCGCGAAGAAAGGCAAUGAGAUGGAGAGUGUGAAGGAGUUCCUUGCCAAAGCCAAAGAAGAUUUCCUCAAGAAAUGGGAGAAUCCAGCACAGCAAACGGCAGGAUUGGACCACUUUGAGCGUCUCAAGACUUUAGGCACCGGCUCCUUUGGCAGAGUCAUGCUGGUUAAGCACAAAGAGUCGGGCCAGCACUUUGCCAUGAAGAUACUUGACAAACAAAAGGUGGUGAAGCUGAAGCAGAUCGAGCACACGCUGAAUGAGAAGCGCAUCCUGCAGGCGGUUAACUUUCCCUUCCUUGUGCGACUCGAGCACUCUUUUAAGGACAACAGCAAUCUCUACAUGAUAAUGGAGUACGUGCCCGGAGGCGAAAUGUUCUCCCACUUGAGGAGAAUCGGCAGAUUCAGUGAACCACACGCCCGCUUCUAUGCGGCGCAGAUUGUACUGACCUUCGAGUACCUUCACUCGCUGGACCUCAUUUACAGAGACCUGAAACCAGAGAACCUUCUCAUUGACCAGCAGGGUUACAUCCAGGUUACAGAUUUCGGCUUUGCGAAAAGAGUGAAAGGCCGAACCUGGACACUUUGCGGAACCCCCGAGUACCUGGCACCGGAGAUCAUCCUCAGUAAAGGCUACAAUAAAGCUGUCGACUGGUGGGCUUUGGGAGUGCUCAUAUACGAGAUGGCCGCUGGCUACCCUCCCUUCUUUGCAGACCAACCCAUCCAAAUAUAUGAGAAGAUUGUAUCAGGGAAGGUUCGCUUCCCCUCGCAUUUCAGCUCGGACCUGAAGGACAUGUUGAGAAAUCUGCUGCAGGUGGACCUCACCAAGCGCUUUGGAAACCUCAGGAACGGAGUCAAUGACAUCAAGGGCCACAAGUGGUUUGCCACCACUGACUGGAUCGCCAUCUACCAGAGGAAGGUGGAAGCGCCAUUCAUCCCCAAGUGCAGAGGCCCCGGCGACACCAGCAACUUUGACGACUACGACGAGGAGGAGAUCCGAGUGUCCAUCACGGAGAAGUGCAUCAAGGAGUUUGCCGAGUUCUAGGUUCCCAUUUAAUGCGUUGCCAGAGUUGGGCUUGUGGGGGUGGGACGCGCGGAUUGGGCGGACUGCUUGUUCGUAAACCCCCCCCCCCCUUCCUUCCCCAAUCCUUCGUCUCCAGACGGGAGACGCGGGUCAAGCAGCAAGGAGAGAGCCACCACAACCAGCAGUGUUGCCUUUUUCUCAUUUCUAAUGCCAACUGUUACCUGUUCAUCCCUAAGCGUGUUUCGUCGUGGCCGGGUUGUCAUCAGGAGUCGUUAAGGUACCAAAUCUGCUUGUCCCCCCCCCCCCCCCCCCCUCGUUCUCUGAGCGGCGACUUGAUUGUCUCGUUAACCCGCCGCCCCCACAAUCGCGCACCCACCCACUCCAAAAGCGUCCAAGCAAUACCGAGUCCAACAGAUGUGCCUAUCGCCAUGCCAACCGGUUAGAGCACUGUCAGACAAAUAGCCUCCACGUAAAGCUUUAGAGUCAGAAAAGAUUUAUCACCAACUACGCAUUUCUUUUUUGUUUCUCACAUCCGUCUUUACUGCAUCUUCUUUUUUAAUCCUACUGGUGAUCUCAUUUUUUUUAUAUUGAUCUGUGCUUGUCUUUAUUUGGUGUUUAACAUUUGGAUUAAACACUUUGGUUAUUUAAAUUCCUUACAAUACGUGUAUAUUGAUUAUAUACACUGGAUAUAAAAAGUCUGCACACCCCUGGUGAAUCGAAUUUGGGGUUAAUCAGAAGUGUGUGUUGACUCCCAUUUAACUUUUUUUGAAUGAGAUUAAUUCUGAGCACAUCCUUGGAAGUAGGGGGUGUGUAGACUUUUUCUAUCCACUGUAUAUAGAGAGGCACUCAAAAGGAUUCAACCCCCAAAUUGUAAACAGAAUGAACCAACAUUUCCAUGAAAACGUUACAUUGACCGUCUAGUGAACAUUUGUCCGUUUGCAAAUAAAUGUGCUUCACAAUGAGCGGCACGGUGGGAAAGUGGUUACCUCUGAGGUUCAUGUUCAAAACUCCGCUUACUCCAACUUACUCCGACAUUCCACAAAUAUUCCGCGAAGACUCGAUGGAUGCGCUUUACAACAGGGCUUUGAAUGCUUGUGAGAGCAAGCCUAAAUGAUGGGGAACAUUUUUCAACAUUGACUCUCAUAGCUGUGACAUCCACUUUGCCCCAUUUGACAAAACUCAAAGCAUUGCAAGGUUUUCUGUAAGGAUAAAAAAAAAAAAAAAAAGGGUAGCAAAUAUGUUCAGAGAAUUGUGCCUGUGUGUGUAUGUAUUUUUUAUUGCUCCAAAAUAUGUAACCGACCCUGAAAUGCUGGUAACAUUUGCUCAAUUGAAUCUGGCUCUCGGAGGACUUGACAAAACCUAAAAUGGCCGCCGAUCAGAAAGAUUUUCCGCAGUGUCCAAUCGUUAUUUGAAUUUUGGAUGCAAGACAAUCGCAGACCAGUGCUGAUCCCUGGUUUGUUGAUUUGUGAAGCUUGUACCCUUACCGUCCUCCCUCACACGCCGUGCGAGGCCCGAGGUGCUAGACUCGUCCGUGUUUCUUUCUUUCCAUGCGUGUGCAUUGCUUUGGACUAGCGUCGCUCCAUUUUGUGACAUAACUGUUUUGUUUGUUUUCUUAAAUGAAUGUGAUCGGUUUCAAUGCAGGCUGUCGUCAGUUAAUGGCCUCGUAAUGUAACGGAGCUCAAACGCUGGACGAAAUUCAUUACGAAUGCCCCCGACAUGUCUGAUGGUUUCAAAUGCUGUUCAGAAAAUAUGAUGUUUUGAUGUUGUUGGGUUUUUUUUUAGGUCGCGGUAAUCCGGUGAGCUUUUCUCUCUCUCUCUCUCCUAUUUAGUAAAGCUACGUUGACGAGCUUACUUACACAUUCAAUACAUGAUGUUGUCACAAAAAGCGUGGAUCUUGACCCAAAUUAUUUUUUCCAAUACAGUGGAACCUCCAAAGUCCAAAUUGUCAUUUCAAAGCCCCCCUCUUACCCCCCCAACAAGGUCUUGUCUACAUGCAUUGUUAGCCUCAUAGCAUAGUUGCCAAACUUUAAAAGAAAAAAAAAAAGCACAACAAAUUUCAACCAGCGAGGUACUCCAUUGCCUCAGCUUAACUUUAGCAGAUUACCCAUGACCAGAAUGACCAAGAAAGAAAAACGAUUCCACUCAUUUUUAAUACUGUGACAGCGAGUUCAAAAUGAAAUAACGCUAAUGACCUUGUGCUGAGCUGACGACUUACUUUGCCACAGUGAGUUUCAUUUCCAAAUUUGCAACGCUAUUGUUAUAUUUUUUGUCACGAGUGCCCCUUAUUUGGGACAUUGGACUUUGGGGGUCCCCACUCAUGUGAAGACACUGUAUGUAUGUACCGCAUUGAAGAGAGCACAUGUAAUAUGUUAAGACGAAAAGGCAACAAUCCACCUUCCGGGUUGAUGCUUUUAUAUUGUUGCGUGCCACAUGCCUCUAUUGUUAUUAUUGUAUAUCAGAUGAACACUAAAUAAUAAGUGAACAGAAUACUUUUCUCUGGUUGUUUGCCUUCAAAUUAACAUAAACAUAAACUUUCCAUGUUCAAACAUAACUCUUUUUACAUCCAACAUGUUUUAGGUUCAUAUUUUCUAAUUGUAUUUUCAAAAAAAAAAAA